CCUUCUGAUUGGUCGGCGCGCUGUCUUUGUCCGAACGGCCACUAGGGAGGCUCGCCUCGGAUUCCGUUAUUUACAUGGCCGGCCUCUCCGCCUAUGACGACACUCCUGAGAAGCCGCCAAUCGGAGCCUAGCCUUGCCCGAGCCUUCAUUUGCAUGUGAGCACUAUAAGUAGCGGGGGCCGGCUCGGCGGUCUUCGUUGUUCGUUUCUCGCAGUCGUUGCUUCUCUGCCUUUCGCCUCUUUUCUUCCUCUCGAUAUGCCCGAGCCGGCCAAGUCCGCCCCUGCCCCCAAGAAGGGCUCCAAGAAAGCCGUGACCAAGGCUCAGAAGAAAGACGGAAAGAAGCGCAAGCGCAGCCGCAAGGAGAGCUACUCCAUCUACGUCUACAAGGUGCUGAAGCAGGUCCACCCCGACACCGGCAUCUCCUCCAAGGCCAUGGGCAUCAUGAACUCCUUCGUCAACGACAUCUUCGAGCGCAUCGCCGGCGAGGCUUCCCGCCUGGCGCACUACAACAAGCGCUCCACCAUCACUUCCCGGGAGAUCCAGACGGCCGUGCGCCUGCUGCUGCCCGGGGAGCUGGCCAAGCACGCCGUGUCGGAGGGCACCAAGGCCGUCACCAAGUACACCAGCUCCAAAUGAUCUAUGCUGAAAGAGAGAAGAGGAAGUUUGAAGCCAGAUAAUGUUUGGAAUAACUUCUACAGAGCGUGUAAUAGAAGACCAGUCAGGAAGAAUAAAAAGUAUUGCCUGCACCAUUUUUGUCUAGUAGGGACUAGACUGCCUCAAUUUGUAGUGAAUCCAUUUGGCAAUUUUUUCAUGCCUUCCUCAGUGUUUCAAAGCAGUUGAGGAACGUUUGGAGCCAGAUAGGGGUGGGGGGAGUUAAGAAUUGAGGUUAAAUUAGAGUACAAAGUAUUCUCUGUAUUACAAUGGUGAGAAUACAAGGUAACAAGAGAUUCACUGGUAUCUCCAACUACUCAAGUUUAAUAUAAAGACUGAAGGAAAUGAUAGAGGAUUGGAAGAAUAGCUUUGAAGAAAAUAUGAUAAAGCAAAACCAGUUGAAAUUCUUUGAAUAAUACCGUGAAAUAUAGAGAAACCAAUGAUUCCUAUGAGACAGCAAGACUAGAACAAAAUAAAAAGAUCAAAAAAGUAAAAGAGAAUUUAAGCUCUCUUAUGUCAAAAAAGAAAUGACCUGGUGAAGAGUUCGAGGGGAAAGUAUUUCGAGUCAUUUGAUCCCCUCAAAGUCAUAAUAAAAAAAAAGAAAAACUAAACCCAUCCACUAUAUUGCAAGAAAUUAUAAAUGAAAUUUGACCAACUUUAUUAAAAUCAGAAGAUAUAGACGAAUCAACCUAUUAUUUCCUGAAAGGAACCCCGAAACAAAGUCCCAGCAAUCUUUCAAAGCCAAAAUCUAAAGCAUCAACAUCAAGGGGGAAAAAAAACUGCUGAAACCAUCUAGAAAUAAGCAGUACAAGUACUAAGUAAUUACAGUCAGCAUCCUACAGGGUUGCCAGCUUCUAAUAAAAAUGAGAGAUCUUGAAAUACAUUAUUCCACAAGACGAGAUAAUUCUUACACAAAAACUUACUCCGCAAAACUGAGUAUUCUAUGCUGCAAGGGGAGAAAUGGAUCUUAAUUUGUCAAGCAACUCUGAUGAAGAGGUCCACAAGAAUAAAGGAAAACCAGGAAAGGUGAAGUUUAAUUGAGCAAUAUUGAAGGGAGUAUAAAAGUUAUGUAGUGCUAAUAUUUGGAGAGACAGAAGGUGGGGGGUGGGGUGUCCUUUCAAAACUUUAAUAUCUUCUUAAGAAAAACAGAGGUCCCAGGAUUGAAUUAGUUCUGCUGUGAAUGUCUGAAGAGGAAAGAGUUAUGGUUACAACAAAAUUAUUGGUCUAGUUAUAGGAGGUAGAAAGACUGAGGUGGGUUAGAAAUUGCUCUCAUACUUGGGGUAUGUGCAAGAAUAUCAAACAUGGAGGAUGGGGUGGGGAAUUAGGGAUUUAUGAACAUUCUUAUCUGAAAUGGACAAAGGAUGAUUGAACACACAUGAAUUUGGUGUAGAAAUACAUCAAAGCCAACAUACAAAUGAGAAGUGGGGAAGGCUAAAAACAUAUGUAGAUAUAUUGGGAAGGAUAGUCACAAGUAUAAUCAACUUCCUGAGCCUAGUGGAGAGAUUAAAAGGGGAGGUCAAAAGAAUAAGAAUUAUUGGAGUACUAUUCUUAGAUUUCUUAGAAAAUUUGGGAAUCAAUUGUAUAAUGUUCAUUGAAUGGAAUGUUUUGAUGUAAGAAAUGAGAAUUUAGAUAUGAUAGAUGGUAGACACCGUUAUAUGGAAUGAAAAAACCCAAUUUUAUAUAAAAUCAUCUUUUUGAAUGGGGGGAGGGAAGAAAAGAGAAAUUGUCUUGAAAUAUGAGUAAAGGGGAGAGAAUUUAAGACUUCAGAAUUCCUGGAAAUCGCUAAAUCAAAAUUUAUUUUUAAAAUUGUUCUAUUUUUUUAAUUAAUAUGCAUUUUUCUGUUCUUUCCAUAUCCAUCAUCACUUUUAAAAGAAAAGAGAACAAUACCCUUAACAAACACGUCCUACAUUGGUUAUGGCCCAAAACUUAUGUAUCAUUUUGCAUCUUGAGUCCCAUCAACUGUAUCAGGAGCUGGGGAACAUGUUUCAUCGCUCAUCCUCUGGAAGCAUGUUUGGCUUUGAUUGUAGUUCGUUAAGUUUUCAAAGCUAUUUGUCUUCCAUUAUUGUUGUUAUGUAAACUCUUCUGUUUUUGUUCACUCUGCAUCACUUCAUAUAGGUGUUCCCAGGUUUCAUUUCCUACAUAUGGCAUAAUAGUAUUUUAGUAUUACAUAUUACAUACUUUUAUCGUAUCAUAAUUUGUUUAGUAGUUCUUCAGCUGAUAUGUACCUCUUUCAUUUCUGGUCUUUACAAAAAUAAAAACUGCUGCUAUAAAUAUCUUAGGAAA